UACAAAUGUAGAAACUGUUUAUCCACACUGGCCUUUCUAACUGAAGCAUUUGAAGAUUUCAUCAAUAUGAAAUUUCAUUUUAAAUUCAUCAUUGCAGCUUUUUGUUUCUCUCAAUUUGUGUAUAUAUUUUUAUACAGGGCAGUUAAUCUGGCAAUUAAAAAGCAAAACAAGAAGCAACAAGAUAUGGAAGAUGAUCCCAAUUCAGUGAAUAACCAACCCUCAAAGAAACAGUAUUUGCCUUUAGAGGACACAUCGCAUAGCUGGACAAAAUCUUUGACAUGUGAAAAAGAGACUGGAUAUAACAUUCACAAAAAUGGGAGUAUAUUUGUUAGUUGUUUCAAUGAUACAAUCUAUGUGACAGGGUAUGAUAUUGCACAGACAAAACCUGGUGCUGACUGCACCCAUAGUACAUGCAAGAAGAUAAACCAUGGUAGGCAACCUAUAAUGUACCGAUACCCAAAACAUCCAAUGCUACCAAUAGAAGACAUGGUUACACUUGUUGUCAAAACUGCGAAUAGAUUAGACCUUGUCCAGCGGCUAAUCAUCAGUGUAUGGAAUCUCUAUCCUAAAAUGAAAUGUAUUGUCAUUGAUGACUAUAAUGAGGAUUUUGGGAAAAGACCAGACCUACAAAGUUUCUUUCAAAAGUCAUCGAAUGUGAUGUAUCUCCAGACUCAUGUUAAUGCAGGCAUAAGUUAUGGUAGAAACCUUGCACUCAACUUGGUAAGGACAAAAUAUGUCUUCCUGACUGAUGAUGAUGUUGUCUUGGAUAAAAACUCUAACAUUACUAAACUAGUCGAUUUAGUAGAACAUACUGACUUAACCUUUGCUGGAGCAGCAUACACAAAGCCUAAGCCCUAUUCAGGAGCUUUAAUGAUACGGCCAACACACCCAGAUCCAAAAAGAAGACCAACUUUGAUAAGGAAUGAAACUGUGGAAUUACUGCAAUACCCACUGAUUUAUUAUGAGAGAGUGAAGUGUUUUGGUCACUGCUAUGUCACAGAUAUAGUGCAGAACACAUUCGUAGCCCCCUUGGAACAUUUAUUAAAGAUUGGGGGUUGGGAUGCCAGUAUCAAAACACAAGAGCAUAUAGAUUUUUUCCUAACUGUGCGUAAUAUUGGACUGAAAGUUGCCAGAUGUUUAGAUGUCAUUGUAUAUCAUCGACCUCCAGUUGUCAAUACACUACGUAAAGAAAGAGGUCAAAAUGCAGGAAUUUACUUUGAAAUCAUCAAAAAUAAAUGGGAAUUUUCAAAAUGGCUGCAAUGUAAGCCUAGUGUAAUCUUCAAAUAUCCAAAUGUGACUCUACCUGGUGAUUGUAGGCAACAUUACAACUUUGACAAUAUUAGGUACCCAUCAUGGUACAUUAAGAGCAAUGCAACAUCCAAUACUGACAUUGAUGAAGUUUAAUACAUCUUAUUUGAUCAAAAGAAUUAUAGAUCAAGGCCUACAAGAAAUAAAUGUAAAAAAUUACAAUCAAAACUUAAUUAAAACUCAUCUUUGAAAUUUAUUACUUAACCUUUACCAUGCUGCCUUAUUUCAGCAAAUAUAUCCCACGCAACUGGCUUAUUUUUCAAAGAGUGCAAAAAAUGAUAUACCUGGACUAAAUAAUUAAUAUCUCAAUAACUACUGAAUGAAUCUGGAUAAAAU